UGAGGUGUCUUGCAAAUUCCAGUACAGUACAUAUACAGUAUUCGCGUUCUCAGGCUGCCCGAUCUUCAGAAUUCAAAUUCAAAGCGGACCCCAUCGCUCAAAGGGAGGGUGAUACGUAUCGCACACCACUUUAGAGCUUUCCCAGAGCGGUGUCCGCCUAAACAGCGCACAAGUAUAGCAGUCAAACGCUUCACCAUGCCGCCAUCCACAAUCGUCCUCGGCCUCGAGCGCAUCCACCGGCUGCUUUCCCUCCUCUCCCACCCAGAACGCAGCUACUCCGUAGUCCACGUCGGCGGGACGAACGGCAAAGGCACGGUCACCACCCUCAUCGCCUCAGUGCUCAACGCAGCCGGGUACAUUACAGGUCGCUUCAACUCUCCUCACUUGGCGUAUCCUCACGAUGGCGUUCGUAUAAAGGAACGCGUUGUGGAACGGGAGACGUAUGAUGCUGCGUACAGUCGUGUGGCGGAGGUGGAUGCGCGGAAUGAAGUUGGGGCGAGUUUGUUUGAGUUGCAGACCGCGACGGCGUUGCUUUUGUUUCGGGAUGGCGGGGUGGAGGUGGCUGUGGUCGAGGUUGGACUGGGAGGGCGGUUGGACGCUACGAACGUUUUUGACGAAACUGGAGGUGAAGAAGGGACUUCGAUCGAACAAAAGACGAUCGACGCUAAGGAAGGCGCAGGUAUCUCAUUGAGGGGCGAGCCGGCAUUGGCCUGCGUGUUUACAGCCAUCGGACUAGAUCACACGGACAUAUUAGGGGACACGAUCGAAAAGAUAGCACGGGAGAAAGGCGGAAUAAUCAAACACGGCGUAGGCGGGGUCGUCAUUGGGUCGCAGCCGGAAGCUGGAGGCGUAGCGAGUACUGUGUUGGCAGAGAUUGCCAACGCGAGGGACGUACCGGUGCAAUAUGCUGAUGACUCGGCAGUGAUACGUCUUACUGGAGAAGGUGCGAAAGCUGGCGGCGAGAAUAUGGUGGAGUUCUCGUUCGGCGGAAUCAAAGUGAAAACACACUUUCCGCUACUCGGCACGUUCCAAUUGUCCAAUCUGGCUACCGCCAUCAAGACGUUGGAGGUGCUGCGGACGAUGAAGUCAGCCUCGGGAGUAGUCAUCAACAUCAAAGAUGAUCAUAUUCGAUCCGCCCUAUCAAACGUCCGCUGGCCCGGUCGCUUAGAAUGGCUGACGAUCGAAGGCCGGGAGAUUCUGGUGGAUGGCGCUCACAAUCCGCAAGCCGCGCGAGAGCUGGCACUCUUUGUAAACUCGCAACGGGAAUUACGCCGAGGACGCCCACGUGUCACAUGGAUUGUGGGCUUCACGCAGGGCAAAGAUUUUAUUAACGUGCUACGUGAGGUGUUAAAGCCUGGAGAUGUGCUCUAUGCUUCAGAGUUCUCGAAGGUGGAAGGGAUGCCCUGGGUGCGCUGUGCGCCCUCUUCAGUUUUGCAGGAGGCUGUGGCAAAAGCGUUUCCGGACGUGGAUUGCAGGGCGGCCACGAGCCGUGUGCAUGAGUGUUUGUCACUUUUGCGGGAUGAGGAGGCAGGUGAUAUAGUUGUAGUUUGCGGAUCACUGUACUUAGUAGCAGAUCUGUAUAGGCAUAAUAAGCUGCCCCUGUAGACCGCCAACUGUGUAGAAUGGAUUGUGCAUAAUGAAUAGAACCAC